AUGAUAAACAGGGAUGUUUCCAAAGCCACCACAAGUUGUAAAAUUGAUUUAAGAGUGUUAACUGUUGAUGGUAUAGAAUUGCCACAUUCGGAGUGUGCAUGUGCUGCAACAACAAUAAAAAUAAUAAAAGAUAGAGGCAAGUGUUUAAGAACAAAUAAAUGUAUUUUGAAUCAAUACCUUAUGCAUGAUCUUCCUGAGGAGGCUGUAAAAGAUUCUACAUUUUUUGGAUUGCAAUUAGAAG